UUUCAAGGAGGAGGAACGAGCCCAGUGGGAGCCUCUGUCUGGCGAAAAGUUCAACAGACAGAAGAAUACGCCUAGGUUCGAAGCCUACAUGAUGACCGGCGAUCUGAUGCUGAACUUGUCGCGCACCCAGCAAAGCAGUGGCCUGCUCCCGAAACACCAGAAGAAGGUCGACUCGCUGAGGUACAACAAUCAUCACACCCACCAUCACCAUAAUCACCACAAUCACCACCAUCAUAACUCGGUACCCACCAGUCCUAACGAGAUGCUGGGCCAUCACCGUGCUUACAAGUGCACCGGUUCGAACUCGGCCAGCACCUCGCCGGUCGGGAUCAGCAAACGCGAGAGCGUCCAGUGCCCGGGCCAGGGGGACGCCGGCAAACCGAACGCGGCGAGUUUCGGUUACUCGAGCGGUUUCGUUCGUACGUCGCGCUCCGAGGAUCAUUUGCAAUUCCAAAAGGACCCGUCGAUGAGCGCUGUGGACAUUGACAUCGACGACGACGUCACGUCCAGCUUGAACACCCUGUUGGACACACGGCCGGACAGUGGGCAGGGCUUGUCCAGCGAGCGGAUCGUGUGGACGUACAACGCCCCGGUCAGCUCGCCGUCCGCCUCGGAGCGCACCUCUUGCUGCCAGAACGGCAGCUCCUCGCAAUCCUCGUCGAGUAGCUCCUCGACGGAGGGCACCAGCCCCCAGCGUUCCUUGUCCCCGGCCUCCCCUACCUCAGUCUCGUCCUCGGUCAUGUCCUCCAAUUCUGGAUCCCGUAGGUUCCCACCGCCGGUACCCACGGGCGCGAACGCGACAGCCCUGGGCCCAUCCGGCGACGGUACAAACUCCUCGGCCUCCGGGCUUCAUCCGACGAACGGGGACCUAAGCCAGUCCGAGGCGAUCAGCAACAUGUCCAGCCCCGACUACAACGACGAGGAGACCAUGGACAUACUCAGUGCCCGCGACAUGAUGGUCAGUGAUCCGAGUGACAGUGACUCGACGAUACUGGCCAGCGAACCGCCCCAGAGAAGGCUGAAGAGCAACACGACCUCGUCCACGCCGACCGGCUACCAACCAGCACAGGACACGUCCGAGCACAGGAUAGUGAUACAGGUGAAAGGACCGGAGAAGGAGUUGGCAACUGCCACCGCGCGAAACACUAGUCCCAGACAGAACAGGAGACGCGGGAAUCCAAGCAAUCCGGAACUCGUGCCCGCUGCAACGCCACAGAACACCGUGCAACGGUCCGCCGGUGGCAAUGUCACUCCCGAGUUCGUUGGAUAUCAGGAGUUGAAGGAGAGCGAGGACGAGAAGGAGGCGCUGAAUCUUUGCGGCUACGAGGACAAGUACGGCGCGUCGCCGCCCCAAUCCGCCGAUGAGGAAAGCGACAUCGAAAGUUUGCACAGCUUCCAUUACAGCCCGAAAGCGGUGGACCUGCCGUCGGCGAUUCGACUGGCCAAGAGGCUAUACUCACUGGACGGUUUCAAAAAGUCUGACGUCUCUAGACACCUUAGCAAAAACAACGACUUUAGUAGAGCGGUAGCCGAAGAAUACUUGAGAUACUUCAGCUUCGAACGGGACACGCUGGACGUGGCUCUCAGAAAGUUCCUUGCCCAGUUCUCUUUGACGGGGGAGACCCAGGAAAGAGAGAGGGUCCUUGUACAUUUCUCCAAGAGAUUUCUCGACUGCAACCCCGGCGCUUUCAAUUCUCAGGACGCUGUCCAUACGUUAACUUGCGCCAUAAUGCUGCUCAAUACGGAUCUGCACGGUCAAAAUAUCGGCAGGAAGAUGUCGUGUAACGAAUUUAUAGAGAACCUCUCGGAACUGAACGACGGCGAUAAUUUCCCUAGGGAGGUGCUAAAGCAGCUGUACAAUGCUAUCAAAUCGUUCCCCUUGGAAUGGGCCCUGGAUGAGGAGGGCGAUGAGGCCGCGAAUCAGGCGAUGCAACAGGGUGACGGUCCAGCUAUAUCUGGAACCGGGAAUCCAUUUCUCGACGUGCCAAACGUUACGGGUGCUACGGAGUUCAAGAAGGGUUACGUUAUGCGAAAAUGCUGUUACGAUUCCAACGGAAAGAAAACUCCGUUCGGGAAACGUGGCUGGAAGAUGUAUUAUUGUACAUUGCGAGAACUUGUAUUAUAUUUGCACAAAGACGAGCAUGGCUUCCGUAAUGAUAGUUUACACAACGCCAUACGUAUCCACCACGCGUUGGCGACAAAGGCGUCGGACUACACGAAAAAACAACAUGUCUUCAGGUUACAGACCGCUGAUCAGGCAGAAUAUCUCUUCCAAACGAGUGAUUCCAAAGAGCUGCAGUCGUGGAUCGACACGAUUAAUUUCGUGUGCGCAAGUUUCUCCUGUCAGCCGUUAGCCGGGGCGGUCGGCUCCCAGCGAAAAUUUCAACGACCCCUGCUGCCCUGCAGUCACACGAAAUUAUCUCCUAGAGAACAGUUACGGGACCACGAGGACAGGGUUAACAAAUUAGAGGCCGAACUAGAGGAGCACAGGCGGCAUCCACCUGAAAGGGGGGCGAAAGCACUCACUGUACAAAACUAUAAAGAAAAGGAUGCCUAUCUGCAUCACGAGCUGAAGAGGUACAAGACAUACGCUUACUUGUUACGGUCGAGGCUGGCAUUUACCGAGGUGGAGCCGUCUUUGGUGGAGAGCAGUAUCGGCGAAGUGGACGAGGGAAGCGGGGCGCUGCUGAACUCGGACGUGGCGUUAGUACCGCCGCCGGUACCCGAUCGACCCGCCAUAAAUAGCAUGUGUGGUCUAGUCUGACCUGCGUGUACGCAGGCCUAGCACAGGCA